AUUUCGCACCUCCUGCCUCAUACAUUGGGUUCUUCUAUGUGAACUUGAAAUGCUCACAAAUCAGCCAGAUAAUGUAAAAGUUAAACGAAGAUCUCGAAGAAAAAUUGCGGCCAAGAACAAUGAAAUGCAAAACGAUAAUGAUAUGAAAGCUCUAAGGCCCCAAAUAAAUUCUGUAUUCUGUCCGGAGUGCCAGGGGACUGGAGCAAUUGUCGACAGGCAUGAUGAGAAACCAACGGUUCCUCUUUCAAAGAUGUUCAAGUACAAGAUAAAAGUGAGUGAUGCACACAGAGCAUGGAUGAAGAGUCCUGAAGUAUUGGAAAAUUGCUCAACAAGGUUUCAUUUCCCAUCCCAACCUGAAGAAAAGCGUCAGGAAAAGGUGAAACAACUAAAGUUGCUGCGUUUCUAUGGAGCUCAUUACUAG